AUGGUGUACUUCUAUGGUGGGUCGAGGAGAAUUAUGCGUGGGGCGUGCGCAUGCGCGGUGGUGUGCGCGCUGGUGGCGCUGUGCGCGUGCGCGGGACUGGACGAGCGCACGCGCGGCGCUGCUGAGCGCCAGUUGCUGGCACUGCUGGGGCUUCCGCGCCGACCAGCGCGCCGCGCCGCGCCGCCACUGGUACCGCGAGCCAUGCGCCUGCUCUAUGAGGCUGACGGCGCCAUUCCUGCCGCUGCCGCCAACACGGCGCGAUCUUAUCACCACACUCCCACCGAGCUGGACUCGAGGUUCCCUGGCGAGCAUAGAUUUCGCCUCUAUUUCAACUUGAGCGGAAUACCCAGUGAUGAACUUGCUCGAGGAGCAGAUCUCACGUUUCAACGAGUUGACGGAGUCGAAGGCGACCAGCGCUUGCUCCUGUACGAUGUAGUACGACCGGGCCGUCGCGGUAAAACAGCUCCUAUCUUGCGGCUUCUUGACUCAGUACCGCUGAGGGCUGCUAAAGGUGCUGUUACUGCAGACGCGCUCGGUGCCGCGCGACGAUGGCUCACGGAGCCUGAACAUAAUCAUGGACUAUUAGUGCGAGUGUUAGAAGAAGGUGAGCAAAACGUGGACGCUCAACGACCACAUGUUAGGGUGCGGAGACGUGCUGAGGAGGAGGACGAAGAAUGGAACACGCGGCAGCCGCUGCUGCUGUUGUACACGGAGGACGCGCGAGCCCGGGCUGCGCGGGAGAGUGGAGAAACGCGCCUGGUGCGCAACAAGCGGGCGGCGCAACGGAGGGGUCACCGCGCACACCAUCGUCGCAAGGAGGCUCGAGAGAUCUGCCAGCGACGACCUCUGUACGUCGACUUUGCGGAGGUCGGGUGGAGCGACUGGAUCGUUGCACCGCACGGCUACGAGGCGUACUACUGCCAGGGUGACUGUCCGUUCCCGCUGGCGGACCAUUUGAACGGCACGAAUCACGCCAUUGUGCAGACUCUCGUGAACUCAGUGAACCCGGCCGCGGUGCCGAAAGCGUGCUGCGUACCGACGCAGCUCUCCUCUAUUUCCAUGUUAUAUAUGGACGAACUAAAUAAUGUGGUGCUCAAAAACUAUCAGGACAUGAUGGUGACGGGAUGCGGCUGCCGAUGACGAAGGCGCCCCCCACGCCAAGUGCGGACCUAGUGAUAACUCGUGGACCCAGUGUAUAUAUAGUGACGGCCUCGAACAUUGUACAUACUUAUUUGUGUAUAUAUUCGUGUAAUUAUUAUUUUAUUAAAAUGCAG